CUCCCUCUUUUCUAUCAGCUGCUUUACUGAGAAGGCAGUUUACUUUCGUUUCCCAGUGCUGAUCUCUUUCCUUGAUUACUACACAACUUGCAGCUCUUCACCUGAAUAGACUGUAAGCUAUCUGGGCCAGGAAUUUUCUUUGUGUUUAUUUUAUUUAUAUUGUACUUUGUUGAACACUUGUAACUUGGUGGUGGGGCUUUAUACUUCAGUAUAAAUAUCCAGUCUGUCCAGUUCCAAUUAUUUUGCAGGCCAGAAAUGUCAGCCCCUGGUUUCACUGCGACUGACAUCCGAAACACAUUAAAUUGCAGCAUUUGCCUGGAAUUGUUCACAAUGCCCAUGACUACUUCCUGCGGGCACAAUUUUUGCAACAAAUGUAUCAAUGAUCACUGGGAUCAGGAGGAUCGUAAGCAGAUUGCCAAGACCUGUCCACAGUGUCGGAAGAUAUUUCAUGUGCGCCCUGAAAUGACCAAAAAUGUGGAUAUCAGCAAAUUGGUAGAGAUGGUAAAUGGUUCAGAGAAGCAGAAAAUAUCCCAAGAGCCUGAAUCUCAAAAAAAGAGAAAUAUGUGUUCAGCUAUGAAGUGUCAGCGGCACAACCGGAACUUCGAGUUGUUCUGUUGCACAGAGAAGCGCUGUGUCUGUUCCAAAUGCUUCAUGGUGGAAUGUCGCAAUCAUGCACUGGAGUCCAUUGAGGACAAGAGACAAAAGGAAGAGGAGCAGCUUCAGAAGUCUUUACUUGACAAUGCCAAUCAGAAGAAAGAAAUAUUGAUAGCAAUUGAGAAACGCCAGCAGCUCACUGGGAAUAUAAAAACAGCAUGUGACCAGAUGGAGUCCUGUAUCUUGGCUAAGUUUGAGCAGAUGAGCAAUAUUCUUGAGGAAUGCUGUACCAUGUCAAUAGAGACAUUAAGGAGUGAGAAGGAAGUAGCUUUGGACAAAGCAAAGCAGAGCCUGGAGCAGCUGCAAAAGCAUUUGGAACGAGUGGAGCAACAUGAAAAUGAAGCAAAACUGUUAUGCCAAAACUCGGACGAUGUUGCAUUUCUCCAGGGCCUUACUCUGCUUAUACCUCCUGAAGCCACUCCAGUGUUGCCCAGUAUCCCAUUAUGUGGCUCCUCACAGGUGGAUGCAGUAACCCGGAUCCUGCCUCAGGUCAUUAAUCUUCUCAACGUGGAAUUCCCUAAUGCCCUGCUCAAUGAGCCACAAGCUGAAGUCAAAGAGACCUCAUGCACUGUAUCUCCGUCUAUACCAAGAACAAGGCCAAGCAUUACUCCUUCUACCAUGAGUCUCCUGAGAACAGAACUUUAUAAAGAUUACCGAAACUUGACCUUUGAUCCCCAGAGUGCAAACAAGUACAUACACUUGUCACGUCAGAACUGCAAGGCCUCUCAUAAGAUGAGUUCUCAGGGGGCUGCGGUUCUACUAUCCUCCACUGCUUUCCAAACCUGGCAGGUCAUGUGUGCAGAGGGAUUCUCCCAGGGCCACCACUACUGGGAACUGGAGCUCUCCAAGUUUUUUGUAGAAGUAGGAGUAGCGUACAGUUGCCUGGAGCGCUCUAAAAAUGAACAAAACAGGAUUGGGCGCAACCCCUUCUCUUGGUGUCUGCAGACACACAGCAGAUGCCACUCGGCUUGGCAUAAUAACAAGGAACAGCAACUGCAAGCUUCCAAGUACUUCAAGAUUGGUGUCAGUCUGGACUGCAAUGCUGGGAAUAUUACUUUCUACGGAGUCAAAGAUGGUGGCCUGGAACUCCUUCAUUCUUUCAGCUGUGUCUUCUCCCAAACACUGUACCCCACAUUUUGGAUUGGCGAGGGCUCAAGUGUCUGUCUGUUCCAGUGCAGCAAUGAUGCAGUGAAUACAUCACUUGGGGAAUGAAAUAUAUCUUGGUGUAAUUAAGACUUGCAUCUGAAGAAGCCAGAAAAAAAAACCCAUGAGUCCUAAAAGUCCCACACACCACAUCUGGGAAACACUAUUUUGAACAAUGCUCCAGUCCACAGUAACCAGCUAACAGUUAUAUUUUACUGAUCAAAACUUCUUCAAAACUGGUUGGUUGCUAAUGCAGUUAAAAUACAAGAAAAUUACACUGAAAGUUAACAACAAAUUGUUUUUUGCUGGAGUGAGAAUGUGAAGAGGAAACAAUUAAUUGGUUUGUUUAAUGAUUGGUGCAAAUUCAUUAAGCCAUUUUUUAAAUAAGUUACCCUAGGGAUACUACUGAAUGGAAAACAAUCACUUUAAUCCACUUCUGUAUAAUUCCUCUUAAGGGGAUGUGAACCCACAAAUUAAAAUGUUGCAGAAUAAAAUAACGUCAUUCUAGGCACAUUUUAUGUAUGCAUUCAUUGGUUCUGCCUCUGGGAACAAUGCAACAGAAGCCAAUACUCCUUCAGUCAAGACUCCAUCUGUCUAGCAUGCUUCAUCUCAUGUCUGUUAAUCAGCUCGCAUCUACUAUGUUUCAAGAAUCCACCAGAGAACCACCAGAGAAAUGUUAUAUUUGGGUUUGCAUCCCCUUUAAAUAUCUGAUAAAAAAAUAAAUAAAUUGCAUAUAUUCUUCUGA